CCGACCAUUCGGUCCACGGAUUUUUCGAAGCACGUGGCAAACGGAAAACUCAGCGAACGUCAGAAAGUCAGCCCAAGUCAUUUGAUGCACAUCAUCUUCCAUCUCGAAUAAAGGGAGCUCUGCGAGGUCCACGAAGAGCUUUCGACACUCGUCAAGAUGUUCAAGAAAUUCAGUCCAAAGGAAGAUGUAUCCAGUUCAACGUCUCUCAAAUCAUCCGUGCAACGACAUAUUCGGAACGACCUCCUAGCUCAGUUCCCAUUACUCGCAUCUCCCGCUCAUAAAGACGGAGCCUCAGGAUCAAUUGAACCUCAAGCAGCAGCAGCAGCAGCAGAGCCUGCCCCUACUGUUGCUGAGGAGGUCAGCGCAGAGGCGAAAGAUGUUGCAGACGAGCGAGAUGGAGAAGAGGACGAUGGUGUUGGCCCAACAGGUAGUAAAUUAAAGGGAAAAGGUGGGGGUAAAGGUGGUGGGAAGAAGAGUAAAGCAGGAGGCAAGAAGAGUAAGAAGGACAGGGAGGAAGAAAAGGAUGAAGGGGAUCAUGCGGCUGGCGGUGGAGGUGGAGGUGGGAUGGAUGAAGUGCUAGUCAUGGAUGAGAUUUGGCCAAAGAAGGAGAGUUUAGGCUUGACAAAGUGCCACGAUAGGAUAUCGAUCUACACUAUCAAUGCCAGACCAUUAUUCUUCAAUCAUUUUGACGGACCGUUCAUCCCGACUUUAAAACUUUUACACCAGUAUCCCGGUCUUUUACCACACGUCCAAAUUGACCGAGGAGCCAUCAAAUUCUUAUUAGCGGGCGCCAAUAUGAUGGCGCCUGGUUUCUUAUCCCCAGGUGGAAGAUUACCUGAUGGGUUAGAGAAGGACGCUCUUGUCGCUAUCCAUGCAGAGGGGAAAGAGCAUGCAUGCGGCAUAGGCAAGAUGAUGGCUAGUUCGGAGGAGGUGAGGAAGACUGGUAAGGGCGUGGCAGUAGAAGUUGUCUGCUGGGUCGGGGACGAUCUGUGGAAGGUCGAGUCCAUUGGCUUGUAACGCGCAUCUCAGAAUCAAUUACCAAUCCGCCUCUCGUCCCAGUCAUGCAGCAUUUUGACGUAUUGACCGAUCGCCUCAGACAACUUUGACCGAUUAUGAAUUAAUGC